AUGUCUGUAGCUCAGCCACCUACCGAAGACUCCAACCCUAAGCCAAAGAGGGGUAAGAUGAAGGUCCGACCAGCAUUGAGUUUUUCUGAUAAAGACAAAGUUGGAACCGUGCAGCCACAUGAUGAUGCCCUAGUGGUCACCCUUAGGGUAGGAGGGUAUGAUAUGAAGAGGGUGUUGGUAGAUCAAGGCAGUAGUGCAGAGAUUAUGUACCCUAAUUUGUAUGAAGGGCUAAGAUUGAAACUUGAAGAUUUGGCAAGUUAUGAUUCACCCUUAGUGGGUUUUGAUGGGAAAGUUGUUAUUCCAAAGGACCAGAUUAAACUACCUGUGCAAGUAAGUUCAGAAGUGGUGAAGGUGGACUUCAUUGUGGUGGGUGCUUAUUCUCUCUAUACGGCCAUUAUGGCAUGA